AACUUAUUAAAUAUAUCUAUUUGAUAAAUUGAACCUCAAGCAGGUUCCUCCACCUUUCCCCUUCCCAGAAAAUAAUGUCCUAUGGUUCUGGCAACAAAAGAAGAGCCAUUAAAGAAGAAUCCUUUGACAAUUCAAAUUUUUCUCGAGUGAAAAGGCGGAAGUCUAGUGUCGACAACAUGUUCAAUUCGUCGGAUGAUAUUCCCAUGUUUCGGGCCAUCAUAAAAACUUCGGACGCGGGUGCAAUAAUUGGUAAAGGUGGCGAGAACAUUAAACGGCUGCGAGCCGAAUAUUCUGUCAAUAUGUCUAUUCCCGAUUCCAAGUCUCCAGAAAGGGUUCUGAUGAUCAAAGGCGAAAUUGACAAAAUUUGUGGGAUAAUAUUAGAAAUCUUGCCUUUAUUCGAAGAUUAUAAAAAUUUUGAUGAUCUCAAUUUCGACGCCGAGCUGCGGAUGCUUGUCUUGGCUGGUUUCGUCGGUGCAAUAAUGGGAUCCUCUGGAACAAAGAUUAAAGCUCUUCGAGAGGAUACUGGAGCAAGUAUUAAAGUGUACGAAGACUGCUGCCCUUUCAGCCACGAAAGAGUUUUCAGAAUAAAUGGUACACCUGAAGUGCUUGUAGAAGUGGUCAAACGAAUCCUAGAGAUCGUACAAGAAUCUUCUGCGACAAGACCUCAAAAAGAACCGGUGUACUAUGACCCAAACAAAACAGCGUCGCCAGAUUUUCCCGAAACGGAAAUACAGCCUAGAAUGUCAGGUGGAUCUAUGGGAGGCGCAUCCUCGCGAAAUUCAGGGGGGCGCGGCCACCACGGGGGUUAUGGAGGAUCAGGCGAUGCGGGGUUCCAAGACCGGCGACCUGAGAGACAUCAGAGAAACAGCGGGGGUAGUCAUGGACAUGGAGGCCGCGGAUCAGGCAGUGGUAGGUCGAUGCCUCAAAUGGAUGUCAUGGAUAAUCCUUCACCUAUGGGACCAGGCGCUUUUGGAACCUUCAAUGAAUUCUCACCCGGGCAUUCUAUGAGUGGUGGCGCACCCCAUGGUUUUCAAUCGUACGGAGGUCCCCAGUCGUUCCGUCAAGGGGGCCCAGAGUUUGCCAUGGACGGAGGUGACGACACGAGGACGAUGAAGGUUUCAAUUAAAAAUGAGGACGCAGGUGCUGUGAUUGGUCCGAAGGGAGCUACGAUCAACCGGGUUAGAGAGAGAUCUGGCUGCAAUAUCAAAAUAGAUGACGGCAGAAGUCCAGAAAGCAUAAGGGGAAUGAGAAUUAUAACGAUUACUGGAACAGACCAGCAAAUUCAGUUCGCUCAAUAUUUGAUGCAACAGAGCGUGAAAGCGGAUAAUUCUCGUUUUGAGCGUGGGAAUCAGCAGCGAGGGGGUGGAGGAGGAGGCGGUGGCCACCACACAGGGGGAAACAGAGGCAGGUGAUGCGAUGGAUCACGUGAUCACCCCUCACCUGCUGUAUGUUUGUACCUGAUUACUCUGAUUCUAAGUGAAGACACCGAAUGACACAUUUGCUGCUGCGAUUGAAAUCCGCCCGGCCGCCUAUCUAUUUUGUAUGUGAAAAAUAUUAACAAACUAUUCAAUGACUUGAAAUGAAUCUUUCUUGUUACUAUGGAAAAUUUGAUUAUUUAAUGUGAAGAUCCAAUUACUUACUACAAAAUAUCAUCCUCCUAACCCUUACACAAACACUUGUGCUGAGUCCUUAACAUGCUGUGAUGCAAGAUUUCAUUUGACCCUAGAAAUAAUUAUCGAUCAAAUCAAUAAUUUAUAAACUCUGUGUAAAAUUGAACAUGUUGUCUUGAACUAUUAGUAUUAUAUCAAUCAGAGAAAGUUUUCUAUUAUGCUCAAACGUUUGGUUUCUGGAAUACCUUUCAGUUUUAGAUUACUCACCGAUUUUUCGAAAUCUAUAAUACGGCUUGUUCAAAUUUGGUUACUGCGUUUUAUAUGUUGGCCUGCUCCCGCUUUAUUUAACUUCACCUUUGCCCUUUCCACACAGUUUUGUUGAUAGAGGAUGUAAAAAAUCUCAAUUAUCAUCACAGAUUCUCGUAAAUGAUAAUGUCCAAUUCAAAAAAUUAGAUUGCGUGUUCGUAAAAAGAUUUGAUAUGUUAAGUUAAAUAUAAAAUAUCAAUCUGUUUCUCUAUCUUUGCAGUGAGUGUUUAAAACUUCUGAAACAGUCUAUGAGAUGUUUGUUCAAAGCCUCUUACGCUAUCUAAUUAAGCUCUCCCGUUCUGUAACCAAAUUCAAUUGUUAAUUUUUUUCUCGAAACAUCGUCGUUUAAUUAAACAUUAAAUUACA